GAGCUACCUAUCCUAUCCUAUCCUAUCCUAUGCCAAUGGUUCAAUGCUAGGAACGCAAGCAACUCAAUUUGCUGAGCCAAUAUAUUUUAUUUUUUCACUCUUUUUUCGGUUUGACUUCUUGAGAGGCUAGGAGAAAUAGAGCAAUAUGGCGGCGGUUUACAAGGCCCUUUCGAAAUCGGCGGCCAAAGACGAUGCGUCUGCUAAUGAUGGUGGCGGCGUCAAGCCAAGGAAUAAGCAGAGAGUGCUCAUGUUGACGUCGCGAGGUGUGACUUAUCGGCAUCGACAUCUUCUUAAGGAUCUGGCGAGCAUGAUGCCACAUGGUCGCGUGGAUGCCAAGUAUGACCAGAAGAAGAAGCUUGGAGAACUGAAUGAGUUGGCUGAGUUGUAUAACUGUAAUAACAUCUGCUUUUUCGAAGCUAGGAAAGGUCAAGAUCUAUAUCUUUGGUUGUCUAAAGCGCCUAAUGGACCGACAUGCAAGUUCCUCGUCAGCAAUAUUCACACAAUGGAAGAGUUGGCCUUUUCAGGAAACUGCUUGAAGGGAAGCAGGCCGAUUUUAUCGUUUGAUAAAACUUUCGACACGGAGCCGCAUCUUCAGGUCAUUAAGCAACUCUUCCUCCAAAUUAUGGGCGUUCCACCCCUACAAAAACGAUCUAAGCCCUUUAUCGACCAUGUAAUGUCUUUCUCAGUAGCUGAUGGGCGCAUUUUCUUGAGAGUAUAUCAAGUGCAAGAAACUGAGCCUACGAAAAAAGACGGCGCCGAAGGAGAAGAGGCUUCAGAGGAGAGCAAGAAAAAGAAGUCCAAACACGCGGAUAAGGGCAAGGAGCUCGAUAUCUCUCUCCUCGAAAUAGGACCUCGAUGCGUGCUCCAACCAAUCAUAAUCCAAGAGGGUUCGUUUGGUGGUGCGCUGCUCUAUGAGAACAAGCACUUCGUCUCCCCGAACCAAGUCCGAGCCGAUCUAAGACGGAAGGGAGCAGCCAAGAGCAAUUCCCGAGCAGAACAGAAUAUAAACCGGCAGUCAAAGAUGGGAGACCUGGGCUUGCGGACGGACGGAGAUCAAAAACCGGUGGAUCAGCUAGACUCAAGGGAACUCUUCGCUUGAGCGAUUACUUUUGUUCGGGCCGGUGUUUUGGCGUUCUACAUGGCAAUGCAUCAUGCUUGCCUAAGCUAAUUUUCUCACUUGGAGAUUUGCAUCUGAAAAAAUGUAUAUCUAUCUAUACCAACCCUUGAUUGAGGAACGUGUUAUGGUAGGCCUUUGUAGCUUACGGCAAUAGCAGGAUUAUUUGAGACUUGUUCAGUCUAGUUAUAGGUUGCCUACGAGCCUCCGAAUGACUGUAAACCAUCAAAAUUGAUUCGCUGUGCAUUAUCUAUAGAUACAUCAUGUGCCAGGUCUAGUUUUCGAGGCAUAUCAUUGUCCUUCUCUACAUAUAGUGAUAUCCCUUUUCUACGGCGGUGACCACAAUAUAAUAGUUACAAUUCUUGGUCUAUCUACUAGUCACCACCUAAAUCGUUCCCAGCCUAUCGCCUAUCGUAUUGAUGCCUUAAUUGGAAAAGAAGAUGAC